AUGGACGACCCUUACCGUCGCUACCUCUCCUCCAUGUCCGGAGCGGGAAUGCAUCUUGUGGACAUUGCCCAGCCGCCGCAUCCCGUGCCAACUGCGCUGCCCUCAGCCCUGUUUCAUGACUUCACCCUGCAGCAGGCACCAGACCAUCACAGUGCGCAGCAGCAGGUUCUGGUCCAGAAGCGAAGCAAGUCAAAGAGUCGGACGAGCGCUCUGUCCGCCGACGGAUCAGAGGCCGUGAAACACAAGCGAACCAGAUCCGGCUGCCUGACCUGCAGAAGCCGUCGUGUCAAGUGUGAUGAGAAGAGACCAGUCUGUUGUCAGAAAGGUGGCCGUGAAUGCGUCUAUCCGGAGCCCAAGGGAUCGGCAAAAGAAGCAACCAGGUCAGCCGAGACUUCACCGCAGACCACGGAGCAGAGUGACGCAGGCGAGGGCGCGGCGCAUUCAGACCGUGGCCGCCCUCGCGACCCAACGCAGAGCCUGAGCUCACCCAUAAGCUCAGCAGGGGCGCAGAGCAAUAGUCCGGCCGACCAGCGCGGUCAAACGCCGUCACCUCGUACCAUCAGUGCCACUUCAUCCUGGAGUCAUCUUCCUGCAGAUAUUCAACGGCAUCUCGAAUGGAUAGCUGACAACGUCACGAAUCUCCAUUACGGCAUAGCGCACGAAGCCGACCAUUUCUUUGAAUCGCUAUUGCCCCAGGCAGCCUUGCAAGAUGAGGCUCUGCUCAACGCUCUUGUGGCCUUUGCGUCCUACCUCACGACGGUGCAGAACCCAGAUGGGGACUUGGCGGAAUUUUUGCGGUAUCACCACCGCAGUAUCACGCUGCUGCUGGAGCACUUUAGGAAAGGCGAGAAGCACGAGAUCAGCACGCUCUUGACAAUCCUGCAACUGGCGCAGAUUGAGGAGUAUCUGGGGGACUGGGUCAAUGUCAUGGGGCACCAAAGGGCAGCCUUUCAAGUCCUCGACGCCCUUUUCGAGCCUGCCACGGCCCCGCACACGCCUAUGGGACGGAUGUGCUUCACAUGGUACGCGCGAUUCGACGCGUACAUUGCGGCCGUGGCGAAUUGCUCCUCCACGCUCGACAGAAGCUGGUUUGAACACAUGGAGAAAUUCUGUCUCAACCAAAGCUUGCUUUGUCCGCAUGACCCAGAUCGGAUACUCGCGCACGAGUACAUACGCAUCCGACGAAUGAGGUGGCAACAAAACAUGCUAUUCACCAAACCCCGCCAACGCCAGAACCACCCGGACAGCAGCUUUGGCCGAGAGCACGAGGAUCUACUGCAAGAACUGGUUCGGUUCCGCCAGGGAUGGCCCCCUUCGAUACCAAGGCCAGAAAAUAUAGAAUCACGGUUUGGGGGGAGGGAGCCGACUGUGGACGAGCUGUUCCAGACGCUCGAAGGACGUGUGAUGCCGGAACUGCCAUCAGCGGAAAUAACGGAGCUCUAUGCGUCGUGGCAUCUGACCAUGAUACUCCACCUCGUUGCAUCGCCUGCCAUGCCCUCGGAGGAGCUCAUGUCCAAUGUCAGAAGGCACGCGUACUCGAUUAUUUACUACGAUGAGGCCUUGCGACGACGGUCAUCCCAAGGCGUACUAAUCGGCCUCCAGUCAAUGGUGCAGGUUGCCUGUUCGGUUCUGCGCAAGGAUGACCACAGGAUAGGCAUGUGGGUGAGGCGGAACCUCGCGGAAGCAGAGCAGAUGGGGAGUAUACAGCCGGCCCGACACCGCGAGCAGAUGGCUCGCGAUCUGAAUGAUCCGUCCAUCAUGCGCUGGUGGCUGCCCCAUGAUGAGGGCUUCACGCCAUUGCUGCGCAAGGUACGAGAGUUUGCCGAUGAACGGAACGACGUGGCUCGCACGGCGCAGCAGCAGGACGUGCGCGAAGCCAAGUUCUUGUAUGAGCUCUUUGCACAGAUGGAGAUUGCAGGCGGAUGA